CUUGACCCAAAAAUCGGUAUACAAAACAACCAAACAGAGCGAGAUAUUCAAAGAGCAACAAGGUAAAAUAUGAUUUGGAAAUUUCUUAUUUGCUGCCUGCUUGGCCACUCGUUCGUUAUUGGGAUCGGGGCCAAAUGUCUGCGGAGCACAGGCCACAUGUGGCAGCUGAAGCCUCCGACCGGGUCAACCAGCUGCAGUCGACCGUCAUUACUGCCCAGAAACGCAACUGCCACUGAAAAGCCAGCAUCGACAACAGUCGACAUUGGAAAAGCAACAAUGGAAGCAUCGGUGCCGGAGGUUGCAGAAUCCUUAACUGCCCCUCCUGCGGUGAUUCUGGCCAACUACGUCUACGAGUGCGCCAGUCGCCGGACAGCAAGCACUUGCAGCCAGCAGCCGGAGAAGGAAUCGAAGCCGGAAUUUAAAUCCGGUCCGGAGUCGGAGGUGGCUAAGCCCCAAACUGCAACACUGGCAGUCGGCGAACUGGAAGGAUUCAGGCCAACUGUGUGAGAUGGGCAGGAAGCGGGCAGGAGAUUAAUCCAGCUGAUGGGCCGGGCGAUUUAAGUCCCAUAUAUACAUUUGCAUAUAUUUCAUAAGGCAAUAAAGUUAGCCAAGCAA